AUGCCAAACAAUAACCAGACUGAGCCUGAUAUAGUUAUCGUGGGUGCAGGGUUUGCUGGCAUCACCGCCCUGUACCGUCUUCGAAAGUUAGGAUUCAAAUGCCUUGUUCUUGAAAAAGGCAGCGACAUUGGUGGGAUCUGGCAUUGGAUCUGCUACCCGGGAGCACGGGUGGAUUCCUAUGUCCCGUCCUAUGAAUUCUCGAUGCCCGAGUGCUGGCAGGAUUGGGAAUGGACCAACAAUUAUCCCGACUAUGCUGAAAUGCGGAGAUAUUUCAAUCACUGCGACGAGAAACUGAGCAUAAGGAAACAUGUCAGUUUCAGUACAACAGUCACCGGAGCACGGUACGACGAACCAUCAAAUACCUGGACUGUUGAAUGCAAUAAUGGACAGACUGUAAGAUGCAAGUACCUAGUCCUCGCCGUAGGGUUCACAUCCGAUAAAGAGCGAUUUACACAUCCAGAUACGCACUUGUUUGAGGGUGAUGUCUAUUAUCCCUACCGUUGGCCGGAAGAUGGCGUCGAUCCCAAUGGCAAGCGUGUGGCUAUUGUGGCCAUCCCUGUGCAUCCGAAGCCCUUCUCGCCUGGAGAGUACGCAACUUUGAAAAGUAAGUAUGCAACCAUGUUGGAAACCCGCAAAAUAUCGCCCUCGGGACUCGCGGACGCCGAGCCAAUCGCGCGAACAACAUUCGACGAUCCCUUGGGCAAGCGACAGCGCACAUACGAGAACCUUUACCAGCAUGGCGGUCUCCAGUUUUGGGUAUCUUCAUACAAAGACAUGAUGUAUGACGAGGCUGCGAACCGACAAGCGUACGACUUCUGGGCCAGGAAAACGAGAAGUCGGAUCAUUAGCCCCCGAAAACGGGAGCUCCUUGCACCAUUGCAACCACCCCACCCAUUUGGGGCGAAACGGCCGCCUUUGGAGCAAAAUUAUUUUGAACAGUUUAAUCGGGAGAAUGUCGAUGUGAUUGACGUCAAAGCAACCCCUAUUUCCUCUUUCACAUCGGAUGGAAUCAUAACCAGUGAUAGUACGGUCCACCGCGCCGAUAUUCUGGUCUUUGCCACCGAUUUCAAGUCUGUGGUAACUGCUUUGACAUCACUUGGGGUACAGGGCAUCGAUGGAGUCCUCCUGGAGGAUCUAUGGGCAGAGGGACUUCAAACUUAUCUGGGAAUAAUGUGCCACGGAUUUCCCAAUAUGUUCAUUCUGGACGGACCACAGGCUCCUAGUGAAAUGGGCAAUGCUCCAACCAGUAUUGAGGUCCAAGGUGACUGGAUUGCAGCAGUGGUGGAAAAGAUGAAAUCAUGCAGGGUAGUUGCCGUCCACCCAACUGUAGCUGCGAUGGAAGAAUGGAGGGAUAAGGUCUGUACAGUGGCGAAGCAGAGGCUCUCCAGGAAGACAGGAUCGCGAUAAACGAG